AUGGAGCGGUGGAACGCGGAGGAGCACGUCAGGCGCUUCUGGGAAUCCAUCCCGAUCGCGACUACAACCCGGUGCGUGUGUCUUGUCCCAAGGGAAUCCAUCACGCCUUCGAUCAAAGUCUCCACACCGCCAGAAGCACAGCUCGAGCGAGUCCACAUAGAGCUCGACACGGUGACGCUCAAGCCAGGGGUUUCUUUUCUCCAGUCCAAGAGAAACAAGCUGCUAGUCCGGAGCGUUUACCGCGAAUUCGCCUCUCUGGUGAUCGACAUUCUCUCCGGUAGAGUGAAGUCUCGCAGAGGCGAUAGCUCGAUCGAUCACUUGAUCAUCGGGGGAUCGCCAGGCACGGGAAUGACGUCCUUUGGCUACUACUUGCUCACACAGCUGAGGAUCCAUCCGGAUUUCGCGAACAGGCAGGUGAUCUGGGAAGAAUCCUGCGAGAGUUCUUCCGGUUUGAGCUAUUUCUUUCGAGGCAGCCAAGUUGUGGAAGGGGUCGUGGGGUCAUUCGAUUCUCAGCGAACGCAAGACACCGUCUAUCUCUGCAAUGCUCCUCUCCUUCGACCGCAGCACGCCUUCAGCCACGCGAUCGUCUUCUCCUCCGGCUGGGACGAAGUCAAGUAUUCAAGGAAGUUCGCGAGAGAGAAUGGCAACGCGAUGAUCGUUUGCAUGCCGCCGUGGGACGUCUGCGAGCUCGCGGUGCUGUACGCCUCCGCUGGAUUGCUGAACAGCCCUGGAGAUUUCACCGCGGUCGAGCAGCUGUUUGGUUUCUGGGGUGGAUCCCCUCGAGCGGUGCUGGACAGAGCCGAUGAUCCGGACUGGUUGUGCCAGUUCCAGGCUGCUUUGCUCGAGGCCAGGAAGGAGAAGCGUUUGGACAUCGCUGGAGCUUUGAGACGAGACCCGGAACGUUUCAGCCAUAUCUUCCAUCUCGAGCCUUUGGAUCCGGAGUACAAGGUGGCGACCGUGGUUUGUGCGUCCGCGCACGUAGAGAAGACGCUGGGGAUCGGUGCCGAGGGUGAGCCGUAUGAAGAUCAGAUGGAUUACAUCAAGGACAACAAGCUCAUCUCGGACAACGCUGCUAUUGUCGGCCGGAAGUUUGCGUACCUCGUGCAUUGCCUCCUGGCGUCGCGGGAUGUGAAGAAGCUCCAGUUUCGUUCCAGGCGAUUGGAUCCGGGUGCUGUGGCUGGCUUGGAGAGUUUCGACUUUGGUGGCAACGUUGUGCUCUUCCGGAAGGCUGGAGAUAUCAUCGCGGGGAAGUCGGGAUACUUCGUGGCCGAGGAUUGUCCAGGCUCGCCGAGUUCUUGCUACGAUGCGGUGGGAGUGCUUCGUGAUGGAUCUGCGGUGAUGUUUCGGAUAACCCGGAGAGCUAGGCACGAUGCGCUGCUGCAGCACGUCCAAGAUGCAGUGGUGAAGUUUGGGAGGAACACUCGAUUCGUGUAUUUGGUUCCGGAUGAGAUGUUUGACGAGUAUCCAAUGCAGAGGCUGGUGUGGGGACAGGUGCAGAUGGAAUGGCCGUGCCAAGUGAGCGUUGUGGGGAUUUCAGCCGAUUUUCCUCUUCUAAUUUUGCGGUUCUUGCAAUUUUCAAAGCUUGAAAGAUUACCCAUAAAAGUUUGCAAAAAGUAUUGUUAA